UGCAAGAGUAAAGCAAUUACAUCGACCCUGGAUAAAUUUUUGCCGUUCGUUCAUGGUUGGCAGCAGUGAUCGAGGCUGUGCGACGCAGAAAGUCUCCUUACCGUUUACAAAAGAAAUGACUGUUCACAGCAAAGAAUCCAUCGUCCACCCGAUAAGAACCAAAUCGGUUGGUACCUCUGCGAUCGCGUCUGACAUCAAGGUCCGAACCAAGGAGCGCGCCCAGGGACAUCCACAUCCAUAUCUCCAUGGCAACUUUUACCCAGUCUUUGAAGAGACAGUUGGAGACGAGGGUAUCGGGUGCGAGGUCAUUGGUGUCAUUCCCGAGUCUCUGAGAGGGUCACAGUAUAUCCGUACAGGACCCAACUCGCUGAAUGUGCCCAAAGACGGUGCUCCCCACCAUUUCUUCAGCGGUGAAGGAAUGCUCCACGGCGUGUACUUUGAACCGGGCACUGGCGACGAGACUGAGCCAAUUCGUGCACGCUACAUGAACCGAUAUGUCCGAAGCGAGGUCUUCCAGAAGGCCAAUGCACACGGUCAAAUGGGCACGUCUCUUGGGCGCCUCAUGACUAGUGCAAAUGGAGCUUGGAGUAUAAUCUUCAGCUUGAUUUGGUACCGCAUCAAGAGCGCUUUUUACGGCUUGAAGGGCCAUGGAAAUGGAAACACGGCCCUAGCGUUCUUCAAGUCAAGGCUCCUAGCACUCCAGGAGGCAGGAAAACCGAUGGAGACCAGUGUCCCCAGUCUGAACACGACGGGCGAGUAUUACUUUGAGGAGGAUGAUAUUGGCGAGAGUGAGCGCAACAAGAAACAGGGCCCCACAAGUGAGAUAUGCACGGCGCACCCUAAGGUCGAUCCAAAAACGGGGGAGCUUAUAUUUUUUUCAUGGAGAAUGUCGCACCCGUUUAUGUACUACUCGGUCAUAUCCGCUGAAGGGAAGCGACUCGUGUGGGAGGAGCCCAUUCCUGGCUUGAAAAAGUCUGCCAUGAUGCACGACUUCGCCACCACUCCUUCAUACUCUGUUAUUAUGAACGUGCCAUAUUUCAUUGACGCACCAAAGCACAUGAAGGAGGGCAAACCUAUCAUCGCCUUCGACCCGAGCUCGCCCUCGCACUUCGGCAUCAUCCCUCGCUACUUUGACUCCUCUAAGGACGAGGUCAUCUGGUUCGAGUCACGCGCAUGCCAUAUUUUCCAUACCGCCAAUGCUUGGGAGGAGAAGGACGCGAACGGCAACGUCGUUGCUGUUUGCAUGACCGCCUGUCGGUCUGAACGCUUCAUUGCAGAUAUCAAUCUCUGGCAACCUACUGGUACCGACGGCUACGGCGGCGGCAAGACUCAAGCAGAGUAUGAGAAACAGUAUAGCCUCCCCGGAUCGGGCGACUAUGCAAAUCAAGAUCCCGAUGCAACCUAUAUGACUCUGAUUCGGUUCGAUCUCAAGACUAGGCAAACACAGCUGACGACACUCUCAACCGUCAGCUCAGAAUUCCCUGUCAUCAACUGGGAUCGAUAUAUGCAGCCUACAUUGCGGUAUGUGUACGGAGCCACCAUCGAAGAGCCUGCGCCAGGUAUCGGGCUCAAGUUCAAUGGGAUCGUCAAGACGGACAUCCAAGCUGCGAUUAAGCGAAAGGAGGAAUUAAUGGAGUCCGGGGAGAUCAAGAAUGUUGGCAGUGAAGGACAGUGGGAGUUGGGUGCGGAGGAGCUGCAGAAGGUUGAGGAGAAGACGGGUGGGAAGUACAGGUUCGGUCCACAUAUCUUUGGCAGCGAGGCAUUGUUUGUGCCCAAUUCCCCCAGCAAAGAUGGCAAAGAGCUAGAUGAGGAUGAUGGUCACUUGCUGGUGUAUGUGUAUGAUGAGCGCCAGAUGGAGGACGGGGUGACCAAGUCCAAGAACCAGGUGACGGAGCUGUGGAUUUUUGAUGCGAAAAAGAUUGGACAGGAGUAUGAGCCAGUGGCGAAGGUUAAGAUCCCGAGACGCGUGCCUUAUGGGUUCCAUGGCCUACAUGUGAGCCGGGAGCAGAUCCAGGCCAAUAAGGAACUGCUCAGUCGUCGCGUUCGGGCGUAGGCCACGCACCGCACAAAGCACAGCCUCUUAUGAUUCUCCUCGAAACGUGACAAC